UUGUGUGAUCCGUCCCGCCUGGCCCUGCUGCACUGGCAGCACACGCCGACACCAUGACCCUUUCCCUGAUUAUAAAGUGGGGCGGUCAGGAGUUCCCUCUGUCCGCUCUGUCAGAGGAAGACACGGUGUUGGACCUCAAGCAUUCCCUGAAGAGCCUUACCGGGGUCCUGCCUGAGCGAAUGAAGCUGCUGGGCCUCAAGUAUAAGGGUAAACCAGCAGAAAAUGAUGUAAAACUGGGUGUACUUAAGCUUAAACCAAAUACCAAGAUCAUGAUGAUGGGGACACGGGAGGAAAGUUUGGAAGAAAUGAUGGCACCCCCUCCAGAAAAUGAUGAGGUUGUGAAUGAUUUUGAUAUUGAAGAGGAAGUUGUGGAGGUGGAAAACAGAGAAGAGAAUUUAGCCAAAAUUUCUCGCCGUGUAAAAGACUACAAAAUAGAAAUUCUGAAUCCUCCGAGGGAAGGGAAGAAACUGUUGGUUUUGGAUGUCGAUUACACGCUAUUUGAUCACAGGUCAUGCGCGGAAACAGGGCAGGAGCUCAUGAGGCCUUACCUACAUGAAUUUCUUACCUCUGCUUAUGAAGACUAUGACAUUGUAAUAUGGUCUGCAACAAGUAUGAAGUGGAUAGAAGCCAAAAUGAAAGAGCUGGGUGUCAGUACAAACUCCAAUUACAAGAUAACGUUCAUGUUGGACAGCGCAGCCAUGAUUACUGUGCACACACCUAGGAGAGGCCUUGUUGAUGUGAAACCUCUUGGUGUAAUCUGGGGAAAAUAUGGAGAAUUCUAUAAUAAAAAUAAUACUAUAAUGUUUGAUGACAUUGGACGGAAUUUCUUAAUGAACCCUCAAAAUGGGCUUAAGAUCCGACCCUUCAUGAAAGCACAUCUAAACCGGGACAAAGACAAAGAGCUCUUGAAACUGUCUCAGUACCUUAAGGAAAUUGCUCAAUUAGAUGACUUGUCAGAGCUGAACCAUAAACACUGGGAAAGGUAUCUUGUGAAAAAGCAAGGUCAAUAACAAAGAUCCUCAAUAUAAGAACAAGCUUUAAAUUUUUUGUAAUUUCCAUUGUAUUUCGGCCCGCGUGGAAGCUGAGGAGACGCACUGCCCACACACUUCACUCUGGCUCAAGAGCGCUUUUCCUUGUGGAGUAAAAAUACCUAAUUACUAGAUUUUGCAAGUAUCCCAAAAUGCUGGGUUUUCUUUCAUCAUCUGUAUUUAUAACAGUAUUUACUGGUUCCAGAAUUCCCACUUAGCAGAGACCCGAGGCUCAAAGCUCUCUCUGCCUGGGGCCAAACCACUAUUUCAUUUUUCUGAUUUGUAAUUUUUUUUUUUUUUUAAAAAAAAGGAGAAUGAAACACUUAGUAAUAUCUGCCCCCACUUUCCCCCACUGAAGCGCACCGCUUAUAACCCCCUAAACUGUUUCCCCUACAUUGUACUGUAGCUCAGAUGUGGACCUGCCUUCAACUGAGCUCAGUGUCUGUGAUCUCUGAGAAGAGGACCUGAAGCCAUUCAAGAUCAAGUCACCUAACAACCCGCAGUGCUAAUGUGCUUAAUGUGAAUGAGUUAGCGGAAAUGGCUAAACUCAGGAAGUCUUAAGUAGUGUGGUUCAGGAGUGGGAGCGGGACCCAGUCAUUACUAAGGGUUUAUAUUCUCCUUUAAUAUAUAUAUAUGAAAGGUCAGUUAAUGUCAUUUUGUGUCCUGCCUUCUUUUGUUAUUGAGAAGUUGAACUGUUUUGUUCCCUUAAUUUUCAAUUUGCUUUGUCAAUUAUUACAUGCAUACUUUUUUUUUUUUUUUAUAAAGGGGGGACAAACUGUUUCUAAAUAAUUAGCCUUUAUUGUAAUCUGCCAGGAAUAAAACGAUCAAUGAAUUCACAGCCUUACAUGGUUCACUUGUGAAUCGGAAAACUA